GGUGCUUCAACAGGAAACACUGCUUUAGAUGGAGUGAUCCGGAGUCUAUAUAUUCAUCCACUUUUGACUACAUCAGAGAUAACGCCUAUAAUAUGCCCGUAGCAAUUAAAGUUCGCAGUCCAGGAAUAUAUUUAGUAUAUGCUCAAGUAGCAGUCAACGGUCCAGAGCAAGGGUACGAGCCAUCUGUAGGAUUUGAAACAGUGCUGGUUCAUAAUGGAACUGAAAAGACCUUGAUAAAAAGUUACAUAACGCAGGAUAAUAGAGGUCAGGCAUAUUACGAUAGAAGAGCUGGAGAGCAUCCAUUUGACACAAUGAAUCAUAUGGGGAUGUUUAAACUUGAAUGUGAUGACUAUAUUAUGAUAAGGCCAAUUGGAGACCCAACAUUCAUCUAUACGAACACAGAAGCCUCGUACUUUGGCGUUGUUCAGAUCAAUCCUGCGAGAAGUAUACUAUAUGGUGAUUACAGCUGUUAACACCACCUACUAAGAAUGACAACUCUUAUUUUGUCUGUAUUCAAAUAUGAUAAUAGCAUUUCGUUCCCUUGUACCGUAAAACUCAGUUAUAGCGAAAUCCUAAGGAACUGUGAAUUUAAUUCUCUAUAUAUCCGUAAUUCUUUAUAUCCGUGUAACGAAUUCGUAUAACUCUAUCUAUAGAGAAUUCGCAAUAUGCAUGUUUUCCUUCAAGUAUUACUAACGAAUAUCUUGGAAAAGAAAAAAAUAUUACAAAACAUGCCUUGGGUAACUAAUGUUUUAUUAUGAAUUGAAUUUUAUUAUACAAAUACUUCAUGAAAAUAAAGUCAGUUCAAUUUAUCCAACUGUAAGAUAUUUGAAAAUUCGUUAUAAAAGAUGUAAAUUUCAUUAUACCAAUAUUUUACUUCUACGGGACUAAAAAUCAGUUCGCUAUAUCCGUAAAUUCGUUAUAUCGGAGUUCGUUAUAACUGUUAAAUUUUACAAGCACAUCUUAUUCCCAAAUUAAUGCGUAAAAUAAAUAUUGUCUAAUUAAUACUUAUAUCUGUCUGAUAAUGUUCUCCAUCAAGUGAUUAUUGUUAUCACUGUUUUAAAGAUAACAAUCUUUUCUAAGUGGUACUUAAACCACUUAUCAUUUCAGCUCUAAACAUGGAAUAUAUAGGGUUCUGUAAGUGGACAGUUUUUAAUACGCCCAGUACAAGAUUGUUUCUAAAACUACUUUUUUUUUAAAAAAUGGCGAGUAUAAAUUUGAUUUGGCUGAUCACAUGUCGUUGUCGUACAGAUUUAUUCUUCAAGACACGUUCUAUCAGGGCUUUUAGUAAUUUAUUUUAUUGCAAGGGAUUAAAGCUCUUUCCCAUGGUGUUUUGUUUAAUCAUAUAGUUAAUACUGUAUAUAUAAAAUAUAUUUGUUGGGGGUUCCACUGAACCGUUUUAUUUUUUAAGCAAGGCCAGAUUUAGGUCAUUAUGUUUGCAGCAAUUGGUGUAAAAGAGUAUUUCAGACGAUAAUACCAAAUUAACAUAAUCAAAUUAACAAAAACAGAUAUUGAAUACUCAAAGUUUCCUCUAUUUUUCAAAUUUCUUAAUAUUAUUAGUUUUUAAAAUACCCUUUGUGUAUCUAAUUUUUUUUUUAUUUAUUUUACGUAUGUUAAAGUAGUCAUAUAGAGAUACAAAUGAUAUGAAAAGAGUUCUAACCGUUUAUGUAGAGAGGAGAAACAGUUUUUACUUAUUUUUUGCUCAUAUCUGUUUUGAAAAUCGAUGCUUUCAAAAGCUAACAAUUUUAUUUUUUUU